UUGGAAGGUGGUUUCCGGAGUAAGUGCUGAGAACCGUAGCAGCCAGACGAGAAACCCUGAUUACAACCGAGACACAACUGCUCACACUCGUUCAAAUCAGACUCGCUAUCCUGUCGUCAAACGAUGUCGGUUGCUGAUGACCUUCCAGACAUGGAUGGAGUAGACCUGUUAGGACUGCUGUUCCAGGAUGGACAAGACGGCUCCGUUGAGCCCCUUUUUCCUGAUGGGAAUGGCCUUAUUGAUUCCUGGCUUUCUGAACAAGAUAUGCUGCCAGGUAUGGACACUGAAGAUUUUCUGUCCAGCUUGUUAGAUGGGGAAGACAACACGGAGGCCAUCUGUCCCUCUCAUUCUCCUUUGGGGAGCGACAGCGGCAUUUCUGAUGACAGCAGUAGCGGGGCUGGACACAACACUCUUCCAGGAUGCCCGAGUCCUCACAGUAGUGACAGUGACAUUGUGCCCAGUCCCAGCUAUUCUCAGCUGAGCCCGGUGCACUCUGAUCCCGCUCUGACCUCUGGAGAGCUGCAGGCCGAGAGCUUCGAAGCCUUAACCGUCCAAGCAGACCACAGCUACUCUCUGCUGCAGAGUGGACUCACGGACAUGGACAUGCUGCAGAGUGUGCGGGCAGAGAAGCCAGACACAGAUGUUUUUAUUGAUCUAGAUGACCUGGUAAGCGAUGCAAUGGAGGAGGACGUCACCAGUGAGCUGCCUUGUACUUUGUCCAUUGAGGACUCAACAGAGUCCGAUAUAACAGACACGUUCCAUUUUAAAGAGAUUGUUCUCACUGAAGAGGAGAAGCGGCUUCUGGCUAAAGAGGGAGCUACCAUUCCCACGCAAAUGCCUCUGACAAAGGCAGAGGAGAGGACCCUGAAGAGGGUCAGGAGGAAGAUCCGCAAUAAGCAGUCUGCUCAGGAGAGCCGCAAGAAGAAGAAAGUGUAUGUGGAUGGACUGGAAAACAGGGUGGCCAUUUGCACUGCACACAACCUGGAGCUACAGAAGAAAGUUCAGAUGCUACAGAAACAGAACAUAUCUCUGAUAGAACAACUGAGGAAGCUGCAGGCUAUUGUGAAGAUGUCAACUCUGAAAGCCAGCACCACCAGCACUUGUGUUAUGGUGUUCCUGCUCUCUUUCUGUCUGAUCAUCUUCCCGUCAGUAAAUCCCUUUGGCAAAAGCACUGACCAGAAGGAACUUUACACACCUUCCUCUGUCAUCUUCCGGACCCUGCGGUCAGUGCCAUCCGAAAGCACAGAGGCUGUUUCUUACUCUCCCCCCGAGGAGGAGGAUCUCAUCUUAGUGCCCCAAACGGUGGAAAACACUAAAGCCAUCUUUGCGGGCGGCCAGAAGAAUCACACUCCUGACUACGAGAGGGUGGAACAACCUGACUCGGAGACGGGUGUCAACAGCAACUCCUCAGCUGACUUCCCCAGUCCCGCUCAGGGAGCAGAGAUGAAGUCGGGGUCAGCUAAUAGCGCGGGGUCCUUACAGGAAGGAUCUAUUGACGGUGUCGUGGCCUCGGCCGUGGCAUAUGAAGUCCCAGGAUCCAAGGAUAAUUGGAUAGAACCAAACCCUCCGUCUGUUAUUUUACCGCAGCACCGGUUUGACGAGAUGUGAAGGUGCCGUGUUGAUUAGUAUAUCCAGCAGAGGGAGACGUACUGCUUAAACUAACAGGGAAAUUGAAAAUAAGGAAAAAGGGAAAAAUGCCGUUACUUAUUCAGUUAUAGGAUCCACCUGUUUUCUACUGCUUUUCUCCUCCAACUGCCAUCAGAUGUAUUGCGGUUAUUUUAUUUGCACUUUGUUUUAAUGUCAUUGCUCCAGGGGUAAAAAGCAACAACAAAACUUAACUUCAGAAUGAUUCAUGUAUUUCAUCAGGGUAAACUACUGUACUUAAAUCACACUCUGGUGCAGCCAUAAUACUUGUGAUUGCUUUACUGUCGGUUGAAUGCUACUGAUAUAGCCCUGAAGGAUUUUGCCUUGUACAAUGUGAUUCAGAUGACCAAAAUUAGUCAAUUUGCCAUCAUGGGAACAUUUACAAGGAACUUGACAGAGAUUUAUUCCGAAAGUCCGACUUGAUCCUAGUCUUAUUUUAUUGACAAACUUUUGAUAGAGAUUUAUUUCGGUAACCCCCUCUAACUGAUGUUGGUAGACUUGCCAAAACCUUAUUUUAUACAGCCAUAGUAAAUUAUUUUGAAAAUAAGUUGUCCAGUAAUUUGUACUGAAAAUCAGUCUGCUUCAUGUAUUCCACAGUAGAUAGUUUGCUUGUUCUCAUGAAGCUUGAUCAGAGUGGUUUUAUGACCACCUUAUAUUAUGCUAAAGCCAUUGCAGGACAUUUGGCCAUUUAGAAGACUUGUAAAGUUUUAGUAUUUCCCUUGUAACAAGGGUAUCCAUGCUCCUUUUAAUUUUGGAACACUUUGUUUUUAAGUUGUAUAGUAAAGCAAGACAAAGUAUGAAAAAGAUCAAAUUGAACCCUUGACUUUACUAUUGUUGGCUUACCUCAACCUCAUUUUACUUCUGCAACCUCCUCGCUUAUCAGUUCAUGAGAAAAUUCUCUCUUUUUAUAUAAGUCUGAAAUACCUUAAGGCCCAUAUAUUGAGAAUAAGGGGAUUGAUAUAGUGGCUCAGUAAAUUGUUUUGCAGUAAAGUGUUCUAAAAUGUAAUGACCUGUUUCGUCAGUGAUGCGUUUUAUUUUUCAGUGUAUUUCUUUUGUUACUGUCAGUAAUAAAUUGUCUAAAUUGUACGGAAACUACCUUGUAAUGAAUGACAGUAAGGAGAUUUUAAAUGUUAAUCAUGUCAAACACAUGCACUGACAUUUGUCAUAGUCCAAAAUUGGAAUGUAAAUAUCUUGAAUGGUUAUUACUCUUUCUGUACAUAUGACCUCUAUGUAUAAGUCUGAACAUCUAUAAUAAACUUUUUUAUAUAUAUAUAAAUAAGAA